CUCUAACAUUAAUUGCUAAACUACUUCAUGCUACAUUAAACAUUAUUCGGGUACAUAUCAACGUCUGUUGCGUCAAACAAAACGUCUAAAGACAGAACGUCAUUGACAGAUGUUUAUUUUGAUAAGUGGUCUUGUAGAAAGACAUUCCUUCGAUUCAUUAUCCUCUUAAUGAAAGCUGGACUGCACUUUGUUUGAUAUUUGAAAGUAAACUGAAAAAAAUGGCGUCUUUAUGUGUAAAUUCGCUGAGACAGGUGUUACGGGUCAUGCUGGACUCUCCUGGAUUUGACCGAGUUUUAAACAAGGUGGAGUUGGUUUCAGCCAGUCCGGGUAAAGUAGUGUGUCAGAUGAAAGUGGAAGAGGAGCACACUAACCGAGGAGGGACCCUACACGGUGGACUGACCGCCACGCUUGUCGAUGUGAUUUCUACUGCAGCACUCAUGUACACGGAGAGAGGAGCUCCUGGAGUCAGCGUCGACAUGAACAUCACGUAUAUGAAUGCAGCCAAGAUUGGAGAAGACAUCUUGAUAACCGCACAGGUUUUAAAGCAGGGACGGACUUUGGGAUUUGCUACUGUUGAUUUAAUAAACAAAGCAAAUGGGAAAGUCAUCGCUCAAGGAAGACACACAAAGCACCUCGGCAGCUGAUCCUCAACAUAACAUCUGAGAAAUAUGGAAUAACUAAUAUUUGUAUAUAACAUAUGUGAGCAUGUAAUAAAGCACCACAAGAGAUUUUCAAA